CACCAGGCCACCACGACACCCUUCAAACUAAGAAUUUCAAUAUAAAAAUUGCACACUGAAGAAUUUUCCUAAAUUAGACACCAAUUUCUUGUGCAUCGAUCUCAUCUAAAGCUAAAGUAUAUACAAACAAAUUUUGUUUCUAUAUAAAAAAAAUUUCUUAGCCUUAAUAAAGACUUCCCCAAUCCCAAAAAAUCUCCCGAAGUUUUUCUCAAUCAUGUUUCGGUUUUUUAAUGAUAAAAUUACUCAAUUCAUCCUUUUUCUUUAUUUUUCCUCCCUCUUUCCCGCCAUAGCAACACGGACGCCACCCGUUCCUUUAACCGAAAUAACUGUCGAUAUUCAAAACAUUCGUUUUCUUGAUGCCGGAAAAGGCAGCCACGUCACCGGCAUGGCCGAGCUUAAGAAAUAUUUUCAACGCUUUGGGUACUUCUCCAUCCCGGAAAAUAAUUUCACCGAUUUAUUCGAUCAAGAGUUUGAGUCGGCUCUGUUAGUGUUCCAGAAAAAGCUCGGCUUAUCCACCACCGGAAAACUCGACUACGAUACUAUGAAAGUGAUCAGUUCGCCAAGGUGUGGAGUUUCCGACACAACAAAAGCCCACAGUAUACAUGUAACGAAGCACUACGCCUAUUUCUACGGCAAGCCAAGGUGGAACAAAUCAUCGCCGAUGAAAUUAUCCUACGCUUUCUCUCCGUAUAAAAUCAUCGACUAUGUGAGCUUAUCCGAUAUCAAAACAGUUUUUCGACGAGCCUUUUCAAGGUGGUCGUCAGUGAUUCCCGUUGACUUCACCGAGGUCGAGGAUUACUCCUCGGCCGAUAUCAAAAUAGGGUUUUACAAAGGCGAUCAUGGGGAUGGGGAGUCGUUUGACGGGGUGUUGGGGGUUCUUGCACACGCGUUUUCGCCGGAAAAUGGGAGGUUCCACCUCGACGCCGCCGAGACAUGGGCAGUGGACUUCGCGGUGGAGAAGUCAAAAGUGGCGGUCGAUUUAGAAUCAGUGGCGACCCAUGAGAUUGGGCAUGUACUAGGGUUGGCUCACUCUUCGGACAAAAAUGCGAUUAUGUACCCGAGUUUGAGUCCAAGGACCAAAAAAGUAGACCUCAACAUUGAUGACGUGGAAGGUAUACAGGCUUUGUAUGGGUCAAACCCAAAUUUUAGUUAUAAUUCUUUGUUGGAGUCUGAUAUUUCAUCAAGUUGGGGAAUAAUGAACAUAGAAAGAAGAAGUGCGAUUAUAGCGUUGAUGGCGAUACUUUUUUCUUUGUGCUUAUGAUGAUAGCACGAUUUUAUUA